CUGCGCUCUGGAGAGCGAGUGUCCAAGCAGUUUGAAUGAAGUUUUGCGCACUCGCUUCUCUAGGUCUUUGGAGAGCUCGCACCUACCCGACUCAUCCUGCCCCAAAACUGAGCACCAUGCUGUCCUGCCAAGACCUGAGCUUUGCGGGAGGGCAGCGCUACGACUUCUCCGUCUCGACGUCAGUUGACGGUAGUGUUGACGUUUCCACAGCAACGCUCGUCUCCCUCUGGGACGCCGGUCCCCUGGACAACGCUGCCCGCCAGCACGAGCCGCCUCGGCGGGAUGCACUGCCUGUGUCUGAGCAUGGACUGGGACAUCGGCCCACCUGGCCUGACCAACUGUCACCUCAGCUUCAACGAAAUAAACAGCUCCAAGACACCCUUAUGCAAAGAGAAGAAGAGCUGGCCAGACUGCAAGAAGAGAACAACAAGCUCAAAGAGUUUUUAAACUCCUCAUAUGUGAAGUCUUUAGAGGAAAAAACUAAGAAACUCCUUUCUAACUGCAAGGUUCCAGAUGGUUCAGGACAUCGAAAGAGAACUCAUGGUGAUUUCCGGAACCUGAGCCAGCUGCUUCAUAAUGGUGAGGGAAAGCGGACAUGCCGCAAUCUUUCUUUGGAGUUCUGCUCUGCUGAAGAGCUGGUGGCCACUCCACCUCUAGACUCAUGGAUACUAGAGACUCUAGGCCUGCAGGACGAGAACACCAUAGACCCAGAAAGCAGUUUCAGCACCCCUUCUUUCAGCUGUCCACUUCCUACAGAAGAUCCUUACAGUACGACAAAUGUAGAAUACAACAACAUUGUAGACUCAUCAAGCAACUGCAGUCUGGACACCUCCAGUGGCUACAGCACCUCUCAGAGCUUGGGUUCUGAUUAUUCAACCCUAGACCCUUCAGCUCUCUACACUAUCGCAUCUAAAGGGUCACUGGUCAGCUCUCCAUCAUCAAUGACCACCACCCAACACUUCACACCCCCACGAGCCGCCUCCACUCCAUAUCGUCCCCAAGAUGUAAGUCCUGGUCCAUACUACAACACACCAGCCUGUGGUUCCUCCAGUCCACCAGGGGGCGACAGUCUACUUUUCUCCACACCUCGUAUGUCCCGUAGCAGGACAGACUUGGCAUUUAGUAUGUCACUAAGUCCACAAAACAGUGUGAAGACGCACAGUUUCCCUCAAGGACAAGCUUUCACACGCAGAGACGCACAAGGAGGAUGGAACUUCACCUGGGUUCCUAAACAAUGUUCCUAAAGACAUUUUUUAAGGAUUUUGUUGGAAAAAAACAAACAACUUUUUUUGAGGAUUGAUAACCCAACUUGUUCCAUAUUUACAGGAAAAAACAACUUCACUUCUACGGGUUAUAUAUUGUAUAUUUUGAUAGCUUUGUGAUAUUAAGUCAUGAAUUUGUAUAUUGUGUUUUUUAUUCAUUGUGAUUGAAAGGCUUUGAUAUUAGAUGCAGGAUUAUGACUGAAUUAAUUAAAAUCACACUUUUUUUUUUUCAAAAUAAAUGUUUCCUUUAAGUUUUGGUACUUACAAACUGUAAAAGAAAACAUUAAGAUCUGUCCCCUUGAA